UCUUCUUCUUCUCAGUCGCUUUUGAUCUUCUUCGCUUUUCUGAGACAUGGCUGAAGCGGCAGCAACGCCAACGCGAUGGUCGAGCAUAUCGACGCACCCGGAGGCCACUGCCAUCUACGGCCGAGACUUUCCUCUCGAGUUGCGACAUUACUUUGCGCAGUGGAUUGAAGACCAGCCAUGGGCGACGAUGGAUCCCGACAACCCCGAGCACUACGAGAGCAUCAAGGACCGCGUGCAAACACUCGGCGAGAUGCUUCACGCCAAGAUUUCUCAACUUGCGGCUUCUGGUUCGGAAGACAAAUUCCUCCUUCAAAUGCGGCUGCAGACGAUUGCAGCAGAGUACCAUGCGACAUUCGACGAAAACCCAACCGUGUUGGUGCGCAUUCUCAAGACAUGCAUGGAGCGCGAACUGAUCGUCUGGGCCAAACUGCACGGGUUGGAGUCGUCAGGGUUGGAGGCUUCAGGAAUGCAGCUGCUGGAUGGCAUGUCGGCGAUUUCUGCGCUCGCAGCCUUGCCACAGAGUGCCCCCGAGGCACACGAGCGCGACGACAUUUCGUUUUUAAUGAUGGGGCCUUCGAGCACGUCGAGAUCGUCCGUCCCCGUCGCUCUCAACUCGUCGAGCUCUUUGCUGGGAUCCUUGCCUCACGUCGAAGGGGGAGCCCGCGCGUUGGCCGUUGAAGUGUCGGACGCUUCGGGCGCCGCUGCCCACCAACUUGCAGAGUGCGUGCGGAUUGCGGCACACAAGGCGCAGGCCACCCUGCAUCACCUUGUUGGCGACACGCAGCAUGUAGACAACGAGUUGAAGCGAUUGCAGCAGAUGCAAGAGUAUUUUGUGAUUCAGUACCAGGAAUUCUGCCAGCUGCAGGCCGUUUUGCAACGCUCGCCACGCUCGGAUGCUGCGCGCGGCCAGAUUGAGCUUGUCAAGCGGCGCAAGCAAGAGGUUGGCACCACCCUGUCAACGGAGGCCAACAACAUCAUCGCGCUGAUGCAGUCCCUCAACCGUCAACUGCAAGCCAACAUGGGCGAUAUUGCCGAGCUGCAGCUCACCGUCCUGCCAGACGCACUCCAGGCUUGGCAGCGAGCACAGCGUCUGGAAAGCGACGACGCUGACCAGCUUGACAGUGUGCAGGCGACCUGCGAGAUGAUUGCUGAGGCUCUGUGGCGCUCACGCGAGCAGACGCGCGCGUUGUUGCUUUUGCAGACGCAGCUCCCGUUUGACCGCAAAUCGUACCACCAGCCCGUCCAACAGAGUGGCAGCCACACGCCGUUCGUGGCCCAACUCAAUUCCCACAGUCCUCACCAUGCCCGGAACUCCAGCUCGCACCACCACAUGGAUACCGCCACUCCCGCGUCUUCCACGUCUCCAGUCAACAGCUCGCCGCAGGCAACCUUGUCUCCUCGACCCGGCAAGAGUCGCUCGUCGUCCUUGUCCGCAUCCGCCUCUCCAGCAUCUGGCCUGUCUUCCAUGUCCAUCAGCAGUGGGAGCAACGCUGGCGGCAUGAGCAGCAACAGCUCGGCAGCAGCAAUGGACACCGAAGGCGCCACAAACACGGCAGCCUCGAUCAGCAGCAAUGGCAUGGUUUCGCUGGAGGACUUGCACAUUCGCGCCACUCAAAUGCUCGCGUCGCUUAUCGGUGCGACGUUUGUCGUGGAGACGCAGCCACCACAGGCCCUCAAGACGCAGUCCAAGUUUAGCGCGCAGGUGCGGCUGCUCGUUGGCCGGACACUCAACCUCCACAUGUCGCCACCCGAAGUUCUCACGACCAUCAUUAGCGAGGCGCAAGCCAAACAAGUUGCCCAACAGCCCGCCGUGACCGUCACCGACGGCAAGCGCGCCAGCCAGCCGACCUCCAUUCCCGAAGACUUUAACGCUGGCGACAUUCUAAACUGCCGCAAAGCAAUGGAGUGUCACCAGCCUUCCGGCGCUCUCCGCGUCAUUUUCAAGAAUCUUUCCCUGAAAAAGAUCAAGCGCGGUUCCAACAAGGACGAGACCGUCACUGAUGAAAAGUUUGCACUGUUGUUCCAGUCGACCUUCUCUGUCGGAGGUGGAGAGCUGCUUGUUGCCGUGAGAACUCUGUCACUUCCUUGCGUCGUCAUUGUUCACAACAACCAGCAACACAGCGCCGAAGCGACCAUUCUGUGGGACAAUUCUUUCGCGACUAUGGAUCGUGCUCCAUUCGAAGUUCCAGAAGUCGUUAGCUGGCCCGACAUGUUGACCGCUCUGCAGCACCACUUUUCACUGGCCACGCAACAGCCCUUGUCUCAGCGCGAUCUCGAGUAUCUGACUUGGAAGGCUUCAGACUUGAUUAUCAACGAGAGCAUCACGUGGAAGCGCUUGACAAAAGAAGCGCUGCCCGAUCGCACCUUUACGUUCUGGGACUGGUUCUUUGGCGCAGAGGACGUGAUCAAGCGUCAUAUGCUCGAGACGUGGCAGGAUGGUCUCAUCAUGGGCUUCUGCAACAAGCAACAGGCGCACGACUUGCUGAUCAAUUGCGUGCCCGGCACAUUUUUGCUCCGCUUUAGCGAUUCCGAGAUUGGCGGCCUUACCGUCGCGUGGAUUACGGAAGACGAGCGAGGGAUGAGGCAAGUCUUCAAUUUGCAUCCGUGGUUUGCCAAGGACUUUGCCAUUCGCGCCCUAGCAGAUCGCAUCCAUGACUUGCCUCAGCUGCAAUUCCUCUUCCCGGACACGCCGAAAGACGCCGUUUUCGGACGGCAUUACUCGGUUGAGACUGCACAUGUGACCUCCAACAAUCCGGAUUACGUGCGCUCCAGCAUUGCGGCUGUCAUUCCCGGCAGCGUUCCGUCCUUCACCAUGCCCAUUGUGAACGACCAGUUCUUGAUGAAGGCAGACGACAGCUCCAGCAGCAUGAUGCACCCGACCUCGUCGAACCUUUUGGAUCUCGUCGGUAUGGGCGUCGGCAUGGGCGUUGGUGAUGCAGACGCGGGCCAGAUGAGCUCGCUGGACUGGAGCACCUUUUUGGAGUCUCUCGCCGAGCCGAUACCGCAGUUGCAGCACGACGGCAUCUGAGAUCUUUGAACUCACGUUUUCUGGCUUGCCAUUUAUUGUUGGUCUCACAAGGUGUGAAUUUGAAGAUAAUGUUUUUUUUUAGAUCAAGUCACCAUCAAUAAAUGGUGGCAAUUAAAAUUACAAUAAAGAA